GUGUGAGCCAGUUGAUCAGUAUCGCGUGCGAUUUUUUAGUGUAGCGGAGUCAAAAGUACAUUUUAUUUCUCUAGAUUGAAAAGGAUAAUGAACGGAACAAUGGCCAUGGCACCAACUUCACAAAAUAAUAUGGAACCACCAAGCAAGAAGUCUAGAGUUGAAGAUGUUACAGCGGAGAGACAGUACAGAAUCUGUGGCCUACGACUGAGCUGUGAUCAUGAGCGUGCGCCAAACAAAGAAAGAGAACGCUACAUUCGUUGAACAGAACAAAUCAGAGUUUUGCAAACUCCCACUCACACAGCAUCAAUCGAGUACCAUAUGAUGCAUACUUUAGAUAGAUAUGUGCAUCGCCUCAAUCUCGGAUAAUUUGCGCGCAACCGUCAUUGCUCAGCCCAGAAUACGGUUAGCUGUAAAUCAAACAAUUGAACAAAGUUAACAAUCUUAAUUCACGAAAUUGCAAAUUAAAAAAAAAAAAAGAAAAUAAAAAAAAAAGAAAAAAAAGCAAAAAAAAAAAAAAUAAGAAAGAACGGAGAAAUCUUAACAAAACGUUUCAACGUGUUCUGAUUUCUGUUUCAGAGACUAGCAGACCAAAUUGGUUAUGAUCGUAUAAAACGAAAGUAUUUAAUGUAAUUAUAAGUGGUUUGAUGUUUUGAGGCUGAUAUUUAAAUUAGCAAUUAAAAUUAUUCAAACUUCAAUUGAAUUUGGCUUGUGAAAUAUUUUUAAAAAGUUUACAUUAAAAUAACUUCUACUUACAUUUUUAUAGACUAUUAUACAAUUACUGCAAAAGAUUUCAUGACUGAUUUAAAAACUAUACAGUGCACUUUCAUUUUUUCUGAUAGUUAGGCGAAGAAGGAGAAUUCUGUUUCUCCAUUCUUAAUGCAUCUGUGUAUAUAUAUACAUAUAUAUACACACAUAUUAAAAAAAAAAAACACUAUUUUAAACAGUUGUUGUAUUGCGUAUAUUUUGACUAUUUUAAUUCUUUUGAACUUACAGUUUGGAGGAAGAUCCUAUGGCGGGAAUUGCUGUACAAUAUUAUUACUUAUUAUGGUUCCUUUAGUUAAUUGUGAUGUUAAACAGAACUUAAUAGAAGACUACUUUGAAUGUCUUAAUUAGUUCAAUUGUUAUAAAACAGUAACUUCACAAUAUUUUACAUAAAGACAUCUGAGACUUUUGAGCUACCACAAAUUUAUCUAUUAUUAUUUUCUAAAUCAACUAAUAGUUUUUAAUAAUAUGGUUAAUAUAAUAAUAUAAAAAUUGAAAUAUUAAAAAUAAAACUGACAAAAAUUUAUUUCACAAAGUUAGAAUAUAAAAAUUAAAAUUUGACUAUUAAGAUAAUACCUCUACCUUCACAAAAAUAUGAACGGUAUAUUAGUGUCUCAUAAAUGUGCAAUGUGAUGGUGGAAGUAAAGACAAUAAGUAUCCAUGAUAAUUUAAUUUUUUUCUAAUACCAAAUUUUUUUGUAGGGAACGCAACAGACUUCUUGCCAGGCCCUAUAUAUGACCUUAAUCAAAUAGGUCAAGUUGUAGCCGGUCCUGGUGCAAAGUACCUUACAUUACCUGGCAUCUUAGGUGCAGGACUACCGAAAAUUACAUCUGAACAGCAAGAUACAGUGAAUAGAGCGAAGAAAUAUGCUAUGGAACAAAGCAUCAAGAUGGUUCUCAUGAAACAAACAUUAGCUCAUCAACAGCAGCAAAUGGCUAGUCAACGGAAUCAGGUGCAGAGACAGCAGGCUCUCGCCCUCAUGUGCAGGGUGUAUGUAGGCAGUAUCAGCUUCGAAUUGAAAGAGGACACAAUCAGACAAGCAUUUUUACCCUUUGGACCAAUCAAGUCUAUCAACAUGUCUUGGGAUCCUGUUACGCAGAAACAUAAAGGAUUUGCAUUCGUCGAAUAUGAGAUACCUGAAGCUGCACAACUUGCUUUAGAACAAAUGAAUGGUGUCAUGAUUGGUGGACGCAACAUCAAGGUAGCGGGACGUACCUAUAUAACGAAUUUCCUGUCCCCCAGCAAUCCUAUCAUCCCGCCGGAGGUAGUGGGAAGACCAUCCAAUAUGCCUCAAGCUCAAUCAGUAAUUGAUGAAAUUACCGAAGAAAGCAAACAUUACAAUCGUAUUUACAUUGCAUCUAUACAUCAUGAUUUGACGGAAGAUGAUAUAAAAUCUGUUUUCGAAGCUUUUGGACCUAUCACAUAUUGUAAAUUAGCACAAGGAAGUUCACCACAUAGGCAUAAAGGCUAUGGCUUUAUUGAAUAUGAAACAAUGCAAGCAGCUUUAGAAGCAAUAGCAUCUAUGAAUUUGUUUGACUUGGGUGGACAGUAUCUAAGGGUUGGUAGAGCUAUUACUCCACCGAAUGCUUUGAUGGGGCCACCAAGUGGAACUAGUAUGAUGCCAACAGCUGCCGCAGUAGCUGCUGCUGCAGCUACAGCAAAAAUACAAGCUAUGGAUGCAGUAGCUAGCAAUGCUGUAGCACUUGGAUUAACCAAACUUGGAGCAACUGCACCACCAAUCUUGAAUCAAGCUUUACCAGGAAUAGUACGACCAACGAUUGCACCCGCAACAAUAAUGGCACCACCAACUGUCGCAACUGUUGCACCAGUUAUACCACCUCCGGGUAUUGCCAUACCACAAACCUUAACACGCCCACCUGCAAUUAUACAACCAAUUCCUGGACAACCAGUUAUUAUACCACCUCGAGCUGUUGUUGCUCCCGCCAUUGUAGGAACUCCAGUCAUACCAGUAGUAACAACAACAGCAAAUUCUGAUAUUAUGAGACGAGCACAAGAACAAGCUGCACAUCAGAAACAACAAGAAGAAUUACAGAAAAAAUUAUUAGAAGAAACGGAACCACAAACAUUGCAGCAGCAAGAAAAUAUGUCUAUUAAAGGACAGAGUGCUCGACAUCUCGUCAUGCAAAAACUUAUGCGUAAAGUAGAGUCUCGUGUUGUCAUUCUACGAAAUAUGGUAGCUCCUGAAGAUAUCGAUGAGAGUCUAAAAGAAGAAAUUCAAGACGAAUGCUCUAAAUUUGGUGUUGUUGAGCGUGUCAUUAUCUAUAAUGAGCGACAAUCUGAAGAUGACGAAGAUGCUGAAGUUAUUGUGAAAAUUUUUGUCGAAUUUUCACAAAUGAGCGAAGCCGAACGAGCAAGAGAUUCUUUAAACGGUCGUUAUUUUGGUGGGAGAUUGGUGAAAGGAGAGUUAUAUGAUCAAGCUUUAUUUGAUAAUAGUGAUUUUUCUGGUUGAUGAGUGCACCCUCCAUUAUACAUUUAUAUAUUAAAUUCCAUCAAUUUCUACCACAUGGAAGAAUUUGUAUUUGAUGUUGACUGAUAGUUUGUAUUUGAACAAACUUCGGGAUAUUAUUUAUUACAAGCUCUCACAAUUAUCAAUUGAGUGUCGCAUUGAUAUUCAAAGCAGAUACAAUUGAUUUGUCAUUUUAAUAUCUUGAGAAGUAAGGUUCAUUUCAUGAGUUCACAAUACCUGAUAAUAUAAGUAAUAGUAUUCUAAAAACAUUGGAGUUCAUUAUUGAGAGUAAAGUUCCCUUGUUAAAGAGUCUAAUUAAACUAUGGUUUAAUAUAAACUUAUAGAACAUAAAUAGAUUUCUGUAAUAAUCAGACAAAAUCCAUUGUUUUUUUUUUUUUAUUAUUAUUAUUUCAUUUUACUUAAAAUUAAAAUUAAAAUCUAUUGCAAUAGUAUUAUGCAAAAAUGAAAAUUGUGUUAACUUUACGAACACUGAACAAAAAUACAUUCAUAAGCACUUGAAUUUUGUAGUUGUAAAGUACAAGUUAUCGUAGUAUCAGAAUUUUUCUAUUCGAGUUGGUUUAUUUACGAAAAUAUUCUGGAAAAGAUCAAAGAGUAUUUCUUUUUAUAUAACAUCAACUAUUUGUAAAUUGAACGUUUUGCAGGUGUAGCGCCAAAAUUUAUGAUCUUUUUUUUCGUCAUAAAAUGACUGAUUUAUAGAUGAAAAUAUAUGUAAAUAGAUGAUAGAGAAUAAUAAUAAAUUGUUUUACACAUAGUAUUCCUGUAAAAUCAAUAGUGCACACAACAAUUUUCAAAAUGGAAAAAAAACUAAUACUACAAGAUGUAUAUAUUAUGAAGGUUUUAUUGACUACAAAUAUAAAGGAUGUGUUAUAGUAAUAACACGAUAAGCGUA